AUGAACUACGAUCUUCCCUCGGUUACCGAGCUCAAGCAGGCCGUCGAGAGCGGGCAACGUAUCACACGCGAGGACGUCUCGGUGAUCUCCCACGCCGAAAGUGCCCUGACUGGACGCGGGCCGCUCCGGGGCGGGCCAGCUGCCUUGGCCCAAAGCCUGGCGAUGCGGCAGAUGAACUUCGAUAACAAAGUCGACGAGGUGUCACGGAAACCACAGAGCCACAUCACGCAGAAUGAUGCCCGGGCGAUCCAGUCCAUAGAGGGUCGUGCAUUCAACAGGCCCCCCGGCAUCGGGUCUGUUACCGCACAAUGGCGGCAGAUCCCCCCCGUGUAUGUGACCAAAGACGAUGCUCGCAAGGCUCAGCGAGCCGAGGCCAUGCUCUAUGGGGGUUAUAUCUCGGGCCAGGGCAUGGCGGCCUCCAUGCAGAGCGCAGCCGACAAGAUCGACCACGUAUAUGGGAACCUGUAG